AUGUUGCCGCGCUUCCUCGUGCCGCUGGCGGCCGUCCUCAGCCUGUGCCCCUGCUCAGACGCCCACGGAACAGAACUGUCCAGCCCUCCCGCUGUGUGGUUUGAAGCCGAAUUCUUUCACCACAUCCUCUUCUGGAAACUCAUCCAAAAUUCAUCCCAGAGCACCUACUAUGAAGUGGAGCUCCUGAGAUAUGGAGAAGACUCUUGGAAGCCCAUCCCCACCUGUAACCAGAGCCUAGUGCAGUCCUGUGACCUCACUGCAGAGACCCUAGACCUGUACCAGAGCAACGGGUAUUGGGCCAGAGUCCGAGCUGUGGACGGCAGCCGACGCUCCAACUGGACCUCCUCCCAAACCCGCUUCUCCGUGGACGAAGUGACUCUGACUAUUGGCAACGUGAAGCUAAACAUAGACGAUGGCGUCAUCGUCGGGAUAAUCCAGCCCCUCAGGCCCAAGAUGGCCCCUGCAGGUGUCACGUAUGAAAGCGUCUUCAAAAACUUCCGAGAGUACGAAGUCAUUCUUCGCAAGGUGCCAGGGAACUACACGUUUGCAAGUCAGACGGUCCUUGAGGAAGAGUUCCGCUUCCCAGUCUCUGGAGAUGUGGGAGAGUUCUGCGUCAAGGUGAAACCAUUAAUCGGCUCCCGGACUAACAGGGGCAUGUGGUCCAAGGAGGUGUGCAUCACCCUCUCCAGUCACUAUUUUACCCUGAUGACCCUCAUCAUCUGCUUCGCUGGUGUGCUGCUCUGCUGUGGAGCUUUGGCCUGCUGCCUGGCCUUCCCACUGUACAUGUGGCGCCGGGGAAAGCUGCCCAGGGCCCUGGUCUUCAAGAAGCCCGACCUCGUCAACCACCCUCUUUACCCAGAAACCACUGAAAUCAUCCACCACCUUAAUGAGGAGGCCUUACCCAAAAUGUGCCCAGAACUAAGAAGGAACUCUGAACUACAUGGCAGCACUGACAGUGGCUUUGGCAGUGCCAAGCCCUCACUACAGACUGAAGAGCCCCAGUUCCUCCUCCCUGCACCCCACUUCCAAGCUGCUGGGACCAUGGAGCAGGGGCAGUUUCUAACGCUGCAGACCGGUUGCAGUGGGGACAGCAGCAACAGCACAGACAGUGGGAUCUGCCUGCAGGAGCCCAGCUCGAGUCCCAAAACAAGGCCUGAGUGGGAACUGCAGGUGAGGUGCAACAGCCAGAACCAGGAUGACAGUGGCAUUGGCCUAGUCCAGAACUCUGCAGGGCGGCCUGGGGACACACAAGGUGGCUCAGAGUUGGAUGAGGUCCAUCCCCUGAGGCCUGAGCUCCCUGGGGAAGAACACCCAACUGCAGUGACAUUCCAGGGUUACCUGAAGCAGACAAGAUGCACAGAGGAGAAGGCAGCCCAAGUCGACUGCCUGGGGGAGCAGUGCUCCUCCACAGGGGAGCUUGGCCCCACAUUCCAGACAUGUCUAGAUGCAGAAGAAGUUUGGCCUCCUUCAACCCUGGCCAAGGGCUAUAUGAAGCAGGACCCCUCAGGAACAAAUCUUUUUCUCUCUGAAGCCCCAGCUGGACAGUGGAACCCGCCAGGUGAGGCCUGGCCAUUCCUGGGAUUGACCAAUUGUGAUGGCCUGGGAACCUGUGACUGGAGCUGUACCACUUCAGACGGCAUGACAGCUCCCGGCGGUCUCCUCAGUACCUUUGACUCAGACCUGAGGGCCCUGCCGCUGAUCUCCAGCUUGCACACAAAUGAGUGA